AUGGACGCGUACGAGCAGGUUCGCAUCAUCGGCAAGGGCUCGUUCGGCGUCGUGACGCAGAUCAUACGCAAGGCCGAUCGUAAGAUGCUGGUGUGGAAGGAAGUUAACUACGGUGCCAUGAGUGAGAAGGAGAAGCAGCUUAUCGUCAGCGAGGUGAAUAUCCUGAGGGAACUGAGGCACCCCCACAUCGUCCGAUACUUGGACCGAGUGAUCGACAAGCAGGCAACCAAGAUCUACAUCGUCAUGGAAUACUGCGAAGGCGGUGAUCUCGGCCAGUUCAUCAAGAGAAAGAAGCGGGAGGGGUCCUACAUCGAAGAGGGCUUCAUCUGGCACAUUUUCACGCACAUUUUCCUGGCACUGAAGGAGUGUCACCGUCACCGCGAAGGCAACGUCAUCCGCCCCAUUCUCCACCGUGACAUCAAGCCUGGCAACAUUUUCCUAGACUCCAACAACAAUGCCAAGCUUGGUGACUUUGGUCUCGCGAAGGAGCUCAGCAGCGAGUCUCGAUUCGCCCAGACGAACGUCGGCACUCCGUAUUACAUGAGUCCGGAGAUGGUGAACGAGAUGACUUACGACGACCGAUCCGACAUUUGGGCCCUGGGCUGUUUGCUGUACGAGAUGGCUACACUUGGUCCUCCGUUCGACGCGACGAACCAGCUCGCACUAGCGAAAAAGAUUAAUGCAGGCAAGUUCACCCGGAUCCCGUCGCAGUACUCGGAAGGUCUUUUCCAGGUCAUCCGAUGGAUGCUGCACAGACAACGUUCUCGACGACCUAGAAUUGAGGACCUGGAGCGUGUCCCACAGCUGCAACAGAGAUUACGCGCGUACGCAGCGGCGAACAACCCACAACCUGCUGCCGAUCAGAACUUGCAGACAUCCUACAACCAGAAGAUGAAGGAGUUGCUGGGAAUUGAGGAGGAUCUGCGUCGACAGGAGGCUGCUUUGAUGGCUCGUGAGAAGAAGCUCAAAGAGCUGGAGGUGGACUACAUGCGUCGCGAAAGUGAGCUAAAGAAGAGGGAGCAAAUGGUGGAGAUGAUGACGCGCAAGCUGUCGUACAACGCCGGUAAAGUUGGAUCUCCAACAACUUCCGAUGAUUCAAAUUCCAGUGCAGACAACAACUUCAACCACCAAGGAUCGCUACGGGGAGACAACAACGGUGGCAGUCCACCCCGUGGUGACCUGAAUGCGAAAGUCGCUGCAGAGGAAGUUCCGCAGACAAGAUCUCAGCGGGGCUAUCCUGCCAAAGGCCAGAGCAGCCCUUACUAUGGCCCAACGGGCGAUGUCAGCUCGACUCCGUCGACGGCAAACCGACUCCGUGACGCUCCCGAACAAGUCGCCAACUUGAUGAAGGGAAUGUGGAGGAAGAACAAUUAG